AUGGACGUGGACGUGGACGUGGACGUGGACAUGGACGUGGACGUGGACGUGGACGUGGACGUGGACGUGGACAUGGACGUGGACGUGGACGUGGACAUGGACGUGGACGUGGACGUGGACGUGGACAUGGACGUGGACGUGGACGAAGACGUGGACGUGGACAUGGACGUGGACGUGGACCUGGACGUGGACGUGGACGUGGACGUGGACGUGGACGUGGACAUGGACGUGGACGUGGACGUGGACAUGGACGUGGACGUGGACGUGGACGUGGACGUGGACGUGGACGUGGACGUGGACGUGGACAUGGACGUGGACGUGGACGUGGACGUGGACCUGGACGUGGACGUGGACGUGGACAUGGUCGUGGACGUGGACGUGGACGUGGACAUGGACGUGGACGUGGACGUGGACAUGGACGUGGAGGUGGACGUGGACAUGGACGUGGACGUGGACGUGGACGUGGACAUGGACGUGGACGUGGAGGUGGACAUGGACGUGGACGUGGACGUGGACAUGGACGUGGACGUGGACGUGGACGUGGACAUGGACGUGGACGUGGACGUGGACAUGGACGUGGACGUGGACGUGGACAUGGACGUGGACGUGGACGUGGACGUGGACAUGGACGUGGAGGUGGACGUGGACAUGGACGUGGACGUGGACGUGGACGUGGACGUGGACAUGGACGUGGACGUGGACGUGGACGUGGACCUGGACGUGGACGUGGACGUGGAUGUGGACGUGGACAUGGACGUGGACGUGGACGUGGACAUGGACAUGGUCGUGGACGUGGACGUGGACAUGGACAUGGACGUGGACGUGGACGUGGACGUGGACGUGGACAUGGACGUGGACGUGGACGUGGACGUUGACUGGACGUGGACGUGGACAUGGACGUGGACGUGGACGUGGACGUGGACGUGGACGUGGACGUGGACGUGGACCUGGACGUGGACGUGGACGUGGACGUGGACAUGGACGUGGACACGUGGACGUGGACAUGGACGUGGACGUGGACGUGGACGUGACGUGGACGUGGACGUGGACGUGGACAUGGACGUGGACGUGGACGUGGACAUGGUCGUGGACGUGGACGUGGACGUGGACAUGGACGUGGACGUGGACGUGGACAUGGACGUGGACAUGGACAUGGACGUGGACAUGGACGUGGACGUGGACGUGGACAUGGACGUGGACGUGGACAUGGACGUGGACGUGGACGUGGACAUGGACAUGGAGGUGGACGUGGACGUGGACGUGGACAUGGACGUGGACAUGGACAAGGACGUGGACGUGGACGUGGACAUGGACAAGGACGUGGACAUGGACGUGGACAUGGACGUGGACGUGGACGUGGACAUGGACGUGGACGUGGACGUGGACGUGGACAUGGACGUGGACCUGGACGUGGACGUGGACGUGGACGUGGACGUGGACAUGGACGUGGACAUGGACGUGGACGUGGACGUGGACGUGGACGUGGACGUGGACGUGGACGUGGACGUGGACGUGGACGUGGACGUGGACGUGGACGUGGACGUGGACGUGGACGUGGACGUGGACGUGGACGUGGACGUGGACGUGGACGUGGACGUGGACGUGGACGUGGACUUGGACGUGGACGUGGACAUGGACGUGGACGUGGACGUGGACUUGGACGUGGACGUGGACGUGGACGUGGACGUGGACGUGGACGUAGACGUGGACUUGGACGUGGACGUGGACAUGGACGUGGACGUGGACGUGGACAUGGACGUGGACGUGGACGUGGACGUGGACGUGGACAUGGACGUGGACGUGGACGUGGACAUGGACAUGGACGUGGACGUUGACGUGGACAUGGACGUUGACGUGGACGUGGACGUGGACGUGGACAUGGACGUGGACGUGGACGUGGACAUGGACGUGGACGUGGACGUGGACGUGGACCUGGACGUGGACGUGGACGUGGACAUGGACAUGGACGUGGACGUGGACGUGGACGUGGACGUGGACCUGGACGUGGACGUGGACGUGGACCUGGACGUGGACAUGGACGUGGACGUGGACGUGAACGUGGACAUGGACGUGGACGUGGACAUGGACGUGGACGUGGACAUGGACGUGGACGUGGACGUGGACGUGGACCUGGACGUGGACGUGGACAUGGACGUGGACGUGGACGUGGACGUGGACAUGGACAUGGACGUGGACGUGGACGUGGACGUGGACAUGGACGUGGACGUGGACGUGGACAUGGACGUGGACGUGGACGUGGACGUGGACGUGGACAUGGACGUGGACGUGGACGUGGACGUGGACGUGGACAUGGACGUGGACGUGGACGUGGACGUGGACAUGAACGUGGACGUGGACGUGGACGUGGACGUGGAUAUGGACGUGGACAUGGACGUGGACGUGGACGUGGACGUGGACAUGGACGUGGACGUGGACGUGGACAUGGACAUGGACGUGGACGUGGACGUGGACAUGGACGUGGACGUGGACGUGGACAUGGACGUGGACGGGACGUGGACGUGGACAUGGACGUGGACGUGGACGUGGACGUGGACGUGGACAUGGACGUGGACGUGGACGUGGACGUGGACAUGGACAUGGACGUGGACGUGGACGUGGACGUGGACAUGGACGUGGACAUGGACGUGGACAUGGACGUGGACGUGGACGUGGACGUGGACAUGGACGUGGACGUGGACGUGGACAUGGACGUGGACGUGGACGUGGACGUGGACAUGGACGUGGACGUGGACGUGGACCUGGAUGUGGACGUGGACGUGGACAUGGACGUGGACGUGA